AUGAGUACGCUGAGCUGGAACUGUCGUGGCUUGGGUAAUCCACGAACAGUUCGACAGGUGGUGGACAUUGUGUCCCGAAAGAAGCCUGAAUUUGUAUUUCUGAUGGAGACUAUGGUGGCACGGAUACAUGCAGAAAGGCUCCGUGUCACGAUUGGAUAUGAGGGUUUGUUCUAUGUGGAUAAUGACGGGAGGAGUGGUGGUAUGGCGUUGUUCUGGAGGAAGAAUAAUUCGGCAUCUUUGUUGGGUUAUUCUAAGAAUUUUGUGGACGUGGAAGUAAAGACUCAGAAUGGUAAACUGUGGCGGAUGACAUGUUUCUAUGGGCAUUCGGAUCGUAGUAGGAGGUGGGAGUCCUGGAGUUUGCUGGAGAGUUUGAAGCCUAAAUCUGUUCUACCCUGGGUGGUCAUAGGGGAUUUUAAUAAUCUUCUAUUCCAGUAUGAGAAAAGAGGAGGGAAUCGAUACCCGAAUCACCUCUUACGAGGCUUUGGGGAGACCCUAGAUGUUUGUGGCUUGAUACAGUUGCCUAUGAGAGGCCAUCAGUAUACCUGGGAGAAAAGUAGAGGGACGGACAAUUGGAUUGAGGAGAGACUGGACAAAGUUUUAGCCACAGCUGACUGGUGUGGACUAAACAAUCAUGUGGACGUGGAGAACAUCAUAGCCCGACCUUCGGAUCACUCGGCCCUCUUUCUUAGUAUGGAUGUGCCGAACAUCCAUGGGGGAAGACUUGCGAGGAGGUUUAGAUUUGAGAUGGCAUGGCUUCAAGAUGAGGGGUGUAGGGAGGUGGUGACUACGGCAUGGCAGGGAGGGAUGGGUUGA